GCCGAAAGAUUACUUGCUUGCAGCAGGACCUCUUGCCAGGAACUGUCUUUAGGCAAAGACUCACUGUGUGGAUAUAUGGUCUUGAAAAUGAACUUUAAGGAGAUUUUUCUAGCAAAGUACCUGGUGAUUUUAUUUUUCAGUGUAAAAGGUUCAUUUGGAGAACCUGCAAGGGUUUCAGCGGUUCUGAAUGAGUCUGUUUUUCUGAAUAUUUCUAAUCCUCUAGAUGAGAGUGCACAUGACAUAAGAUGGUUCAAAGAUACAAAUAUAAUUGUGAAACUCGUCAAUUCUUCAGAAUUUUAUUACUCCGACAAAAAGAAGUAUUACCUUUUUCCGAAUGGGACCCUGAAAAUUGAACAAUUGUUGGAAGAGGACAGUGGAAGUUACAAAGUUGAAGUCUUUUGCAGUGAUGGUACUCUAAAAGAGCAGAAGGACAUUACUCUGAGCACUGUUGUGCCUGUCUCACAACCACUGCUCACAUGGGAUUGUACCAGAAAAUACCUUAAGUUGACAUGUGAGGUAAAGCAAGAGCCUAAACCAUUUUCUCAGCUGGUGCGUUAUGAGGGCAAAUCUCUCCAGGCGACAAAAGAAUGGAAAUCUACAAAUGGCUUUUGGAGCAUGGAAUAUCAAGAGGCUAAAAAUGCCUCUGGGAAGUACACGUGCAUUGUUUCAAAUAGCGUUACUAGCAAAUAUGAUACCAAAGAUAUCCAGUGUGCAGGUCUGGACCUCCUUCUCAUCCUGUGCAUUGCAGGAGGUGCUGUCGUCUUUGUCAUUAUUUUGGUUCUGCUGAUUUAUUAUAUCAGGCGGAAGACAGUGGAACACUAUGAAGAAGAAGAAGAUGGUUCUGUUGUUGCAGAUGAGGAUAUACCAGUGCAGAUUUAUCCAGUGGAAGAUGGAAUGAAGCAGCGGGAGCUUCCACGUCCUCCAGGUCAUGCUCCCCAGAGGCAGCCAAGGCAGCCACAGAGACCACCUCCCCAGUCUCAGCCUCAAGCACAGCAACUCGCAGCGCUCCCACGGCCCAGACCACGCACUCAGCAGAGAGCUCCAAACCGCAUAAAGGAGAGAACAUAAACGCUUGGCCAGGAGGAAAAGACACUGCCCCAGAGUCUUCCCUGAUGUGAGCCACCGAAAAGAUAGUCUUGCAAACAGCCAGGAAAUCCCUCAUACUUUCAGGACUCUGCAAUGCAAUGGCAGCAUUUGUUGAGGAGGAUCACUUCAUAUACACACAUGUCCUAUACACUGAAUCUGAAGAGACCCAGUGAUGUGAAUUGAGUUGAUCAAAGUUCAUGAUCUUUGUCAUUUCCCCCCUGGGAACACCCUGCUAAUGUGGAGCCUUGAAAUCUACUUCAUUGUGCUUUGCUUGGUUUCACCAGAUUUUACAGUCUUUCUGCUUUUGGGAGAGAUUCUACCUACAAGUCUCUAUGGUUCUAAUAAGAUGACACCAACUCAUUCCUGUUGCAUUAUCUUAACAUACGAAUCGCUUUCAACACCUGUAGACACACAAACACUUCCUGAGCUGUUGCAACCAAAUACUUGACUUACUGAUGGUCAGAAAAAUAGCCCUGUGUAUUGCAGUGCGGGUCUGACACACAGGAGUCCUGGCAAGAAAUUGAAACUGUUUCAAGGCCCCUUCCUGGAAACUAGAUCAGGGUUUCUGGGGCAAACAGCCUUGUCAGCAUCCAUUGCUUUGUGAGAUUAAUGUUACAAAUCCCACCCAGAACCAAGCAAUCCAAUUAAUAUCUAUGUUCACUGAAUCUGGAUGGCUUUCUUGUCAUCACAUGGUAACCUCUUGUUCUUGGAACAGGUCCACGUGUUGGCCAGUUCAGAUGCUAAGGUUGGUGUUCCACCUGCAGCCUCCUUGCUUAUGCUAGAGGGGGAUGUUUAUUAUCUUGGUUUUUCUGCAAGUGCUCCUGCAGCUCUUAUACUUGUCUGCCAGGUUCCCAUCCAAACCAAAGGCUUCAGGAGGUCUUGUUUGUUAUUUUUGUCUUGUGAACUAUUAAGCAGAUGUCUGACACUGUGUGCUCCAGGUGAUACCCAGAGGGCCCCUGUUUGAGAGUUCUGGAUACAGAUAGGCUUGUCUCAUGACACAUCCACUGAUUUCUGUGCUAACUGCUACAAUAACUACCAUGUCCAUAGAGAAGCAAUCUAUUGAAAGCUCUCUCUUUAGUAGAGGAGACAAUGCUUGGCUGGACUGCAGGACUUUGUAUGUCACAGGAAGGCAUUCUUUCUUAUUUCUCUGAACCUUGGAGACUUCUCUAACUUCUCUCUUUGGCUCUCAGCUGGGACAGCAGUAGAGAGCCCAGCCUUCUGUUUUUUACUAUAUUGUUUUGAAUGGAUAAAACAGGCUCUCUGCUCAGUGACUGCACACUGAGCAAGGGGAUGUGGUGUGAAUAGAGCCUCUGCUGGAAUUGCUACUUAUGGAACAUUUCAGUCACGGCUCUUCUACUUAAAGCAGAUGAAUGUAUUGCAUGUUUCUGGGCUUGAAGUAUUCAAUGUAUUCCACUGGUGUUAAAAGAUGUGUCCUGACUUUUUUCAACACACAUGACUAUUUUGAGUUUUCCAGUGUUGUUGCAGGUGGAGGGAAAGGGGCUGGAGAGAAGAUGGAUGCCCUGCCUGUUGAGUUGCUUUGCUUUGUUUUUCUUCAGAUGCUACUCAGUAUGACCUCCUGACUCCAUUUCCUGCAGUCCGUCCUAACGUUUCCAUUAUUUAAAAGUUUAUUGUUUCAAUAUCCUGUACUUUAUUUUGCAUGUGAGUAUUAGUGUGGUGAGUAAAUAAAUCAAGAUUAACAAAUGGAUGAUGGGGCUUUAGCUAAUGCAGAUCCUGAAUUUUUGAUAAUGGAAUUUCAUAUUCUUAUCAAUGAGGCCACGAAAGUUGUGUGAUCCUGGAGUCCAAAGCACAGAACUAUCGGUGUCUAAGGGGAAAGAUCCUUAUCAUUUUAGUGGUAGGGAAAGGUACCCGAUAUGUACUGCAUGUGAGAAGAGUGUCUGUGCCACCUGAUAUUCUGAGAUGGCUUGCUGUGCCCAGCCUGGAUCUCCAGAGGUUUAUCUGAAAGGUCCAUCCUUAGUUACCAUGAAUCCAUUUAUUCCUUCAAGUGAGAGCAGGGGGAGGAGGCAUGAGUCUGGGUAGAACUGAAUGGGGAGAACUAGGCCUAAGAGUGGGUGAAGAUUUCACUGUCAUCCUGUAACAUGCUCAUCCUGUAACCCAGUGUCCGGGGUGGGGGGGGCACCCUGUACCCAUCCCUGUUACUGCACUGUUAGGGUUUAAAAGAAUAGAAUAGAGCCAGAAUAAUGAUCAGCUGCAGCAUUUGCUCUAUGAACAUGUUAUCCCUCAAUCCUCUCGCUGCCCUGUGCUGCCCUCCUCUUUCAGGAUUAUUUCCAGAAGAGUUGAGAUAUCUGCAGGGUGACCAGAGAUGACCGAGCUUCUUCACUGCCACAGGGAGACCCUUUUAACACACUUUCACUGUCCAGCAAGGUGGUGUUACCUCUCAGCUCUGUGUUCUUGGGGAACCCUGACACAGGGCACAGCCUGUCUGACUCGCAAAGAAUUUCCCCCCACACCUGAACAAGUACUGAUUACGAAAGACAAUGAAGAUGCAGUGAGAGAGACACCUAAAGCCCUCCAGAUAAGAGUGACAAGAGUGAAACAACUGCCCUCAGUCUCAUUUGCAUCUGAGAUGGAACCAGAUGACAAUUCAUUUACAUGGGAGAUGGAGAACAGGGAGUCCGAAGCAAAGACCACAGUGAAUUCUGGGAUCAGAGAAGCAGGGGAUCACUGCACAAUGGGGAAUCUGUGCUCCAAAUGUUAAUCAAUCCACAUUUACACACACCCAGCUCAGCAUUUAUCAGACCAAUUCUAAUCUGGAUUUACAAAGGACUUUCCCACCCCACACACACAUCUCAUUUACCCAGAGCUAAGCAGAAGUAAAGUUUAAUAGGCAUCUCAGGCUGUACAUUCCCCGGUCCCACUAUGGGAGGCCUAUUUAAACUUGAUUGAAUAAAACUGGGUUGCCGGGUUAGGGAAUGCUGAGGUAAAGAGACUAAGUCAGAGGGGAUAUGGGCAACAUUUGAACAAUGGUUAAGGGUUCAUCACAGCAUCCAGCCUGUUGGAGCCCUGACCACAACUGUUGUCACACUUUUCCCAGGAUGACUGGUGAAAGUCCUCCCCACAAAAGUUUAUGAACACUUAAGUAAUCAAUCCCUUUCAGUAAGAUCUGGAAAAGUCAUGCUAAGCUGAGGCUUAUUCACAACAGGUAAAAAUCCAAAACCCUGACGCUGCAAGCUAUCUAUUGUUUCUGAAGAAACAAUGAGGUACCCCAUCCGGUAUAUUUGCUAUCCAUAAGAAUUUCAAGCUGGCUCCUAAGUAUCUGCUUACUCCUUAAAAACUUAGGUUUUCCUGGUUGUUAAUCAGUUUCUUGAGAUGUUCCAAACCAGAUAACCCCUUGUCAAUAGAAAAGACAAUUAUUUACACUAAUAAAAGAAUGCUUUGAAGAAGCUGAACUGAGGGUAUAAAAAUCUGUAAAAAAAAGCAGCAAGGUGUGCUCCAAGAGGAGAAAUCUCUCUGGCACCAUCCACUGUUGUUCUCAAGAAGCUGGAAGAAACAGAUUGUCUCCCUUCAAGGAUUGUGCUAAGAACUUUACCUGUCAGCGUCAGCAUUGGAACCUGAGUGCCUUGGACUGAUGAGAUCCCAGCUUUCGCUCUCUCUCUUUUCUCUUUUCCCUCUAGGCAUAGAUUUCUGAACCUGAACUGUAUUAGUUAAGCUUGAACUAAGUUUCCCCAAAUACUUAGUGAAACCAGGGUAAUAUUGUAAUUGUUUGUGUUUGUUUUUCCUUUGCAUGUCUGUUAUUACUAGUACCAUUAUAUAUUUCAUAUACUUAGCAAUAAAUUUUAUAGUCAAACUGGUA